CGGGGCGGGGCGCCACGGGAACGGAACCGACCGACCCGAGCAGCUCUCGCAGUGCCAGCCACGAUGGGGCUGGAGACCGAGAAGGCCGAUGUGCAGCUCUUCAUGGCUGAGGACGCCUACAGCCAUCACAGUGGUGUCGAAUACGCAGAUCCUGAGAAGUAUGUGGACUCAAGUCAUGACCGGGAUCCUCAUCGGCUCAACUCGCACCUGAAGCUAGGGUUCGAGGAUCUGAUUGCAGAACCUGAGACUACACACUCCUUUGACAAAGUGUGGAUCUGCAGCCAUGCCCUCUUUGAAAUCAGCAAAUAUGUGAUCUACAAGUUCCUGACGGUGUUUCUGGCCAUCCCCUUGGCCUUCGUGACAGGGAUCCUGUUUGCUACCCUCAGCUGUCUUCACAUCUGGAUCCUAAUGCCUUUUGUGAAGACCUGCCUGAUGGUCCUGCCUUCGGUGCAGACAAUAUGGAAGAGUGUGAUGGAUGUUGUCAUUGGCCCACUGUGUACAAGUGUAGGACGCUGUUUCUCAUCUGUCAGCAUGCAACUGAGCCGCGACUGAUGACUGAGACCCCAGGCAGGUCCAGAUAGUUGGAUACUUUACUACUGAAGUACUGCUGUUCUGUUCACUUCCCAAUUGUUAUAAUCAAGAAGACUGCCAAGAUGGGACCCAUGUUCAUAAAUAAACGCUCACUGAUGGAUCUUAACAAAUAAUGAUUUCCCAGCUAAAAGCCAAGGAUUCCAUAUCUAAUUUUAUAACAAGUGUUGACACCACUCAGUGUAAGAACAGAUAAGUUUUGCUUUAGUAGAAAACAUAUAUUUCUUCAAAUACUACAGUAAUUUUGUGCAUAACUGCUCAUAAAAGUAUGGGAUUUCUUGUUUUCUUUUACUCUAGGAGUAAUGAUUUUAAAAUUACUUUUAUGGAUAGCGUCAUAAGGCUAGAGAGGUAAUAUAUACAAACAUUCUAGAAACAUCAUGUAGUAACAAACUCAUAUACUUAUGUAACUAUCAAACAUAAUAAGACAAAUAAAUGUGAAAACAUGUUCCUCUGAGACAUUAUUAGCCUGCAAUCAUAUUUAACAAGAUGUUUCAUUUUGCUGUAUGUUUUGUACCUAAUGCAAGUGUUACUCUAAUCCAAUUGUUUUUAAUACAUCUGUCAUCUUAUUGAUCUCCUAUAUAAAUUAAGCAUAGGUAUCACAGAGUAAAUUUCUUUGUAAUAUUAGACUGCCACAUGUGAGAACUUUUGCAGCUUCUUUGGAAUUCAGUGUAAAAUGAGCUGUCUAGGUUUCCUCUCUAAGUUUCCCAGCAAAUGUUUUAUGACUGGGGUUUAUCUGGCUGUGACCGUAAGACAUGCACUUGCUAUUGUUUACUGAACUUUUUUUUUCUCCCGUAUAGUUAGAAGCUUAACCUGUAUUCUACAUUCCUAUGAAUGCUUCAAUUACUUUCAAGUAAUCCUGGUGCUAGUUAAUAAUAUUUUUUAUAAUGAACUAACUAACAUCUAAGUACAAUUUUUACUACAGUGGCUCAUGUAGAGAAACAUAGGAGAAUUGAGUGUUUAUAAUACUAAAACACAUGUACAAAUUAAAAGCUAACAGUUACAAUUCUUCAA